CAACGAGCCAAUCACAAACUAGAGCACCAUAUUGAAUUGGUGUGAAUCCAAACAUUUGGUUUGUUUCGUUUAGUUUAAUGUAGUUUAGUUGAUAUCGACGCGACCACAGCUCGAUUAACAACACGACUGAACCGGGCCUCACAAGUCGACCAUGAAGCUAACGGAUAUGAAAAAGUUAAAAGUGGCGGAGCUGCGCUCCAGACUUAGGGAAGCAGGACUGGACAGUCGAGGGCUGAAGGCUGAGCUGGUGGACCGGCUGUGGGCUGCUGCGGAGAGAGGACCGAGCCCCGGGGAAGUACAACUACAACAUGACCGCUCACCGACGGAGGCAGCCGAGGUCCGCGCUCCGUCCUCUGAAACGGGUGUCGCUGCGCUGCCAUGCUGCCCCCACAGCACCAGAGACACCGCGACGCAGACCGAGCCCGAGGCCGGAGGAACCGCACCGCGACGCGGCUCCGAGGUCGUUCCAGAGUCGCUGCGGGGGAACGAGGUGGAUGAUCCCGGAGAACACAGCAGAGCUCUGUCCUGCGAGGGGACGGGCAGGGGGAGAGCUUUCUACGAGUUUAAGGAGGAGAUGCGAUACAAAAGGGCAAAGUCACCACAGCCUCCAAAGGACAGAGAUGAGGCAGAGGAAGAGCAUGAAGAUAAAAUCUGUCUAGAUCCAUAUGAUUGUCACCUCCACUUUGAGGCGAGCUCCAAUGGAUCCUGUGGGCAGCCACGGUUCUGGGACCAGUUCCCCUCACUGUGGUCUGGCUGCAGGCUCACCCACGGGGUGCUGCGGGGCAGGGUGGGCUUUGAGGUGAGGCUGGAGAGGAAGUUGAUGACUACACAGCUGGUGAAAGAGGAGGACACGGAGCCCCAUGGUGUGAGAGUGGGCUGGUCAGUGGCUGGCACCUCUUUGCUGCUGGGUGAGGAUGAGCUCUCUUUUGCUUAUGAUGGGCGCAGUAAAAAAGUGUCAGGCGGAAAGGAAGAGGAGUUUGGAGAACCUCUGUCAGAGGGGGACAUAAUUGGCUGCUAUGCUUGUUUCUCAACAGGUGGAGCCAUUCAGCUCUCUUUCCAUAAGAAUGGUCAUUUCGUAGGUGUGGCCUUUUCCCUGGCCGCCUCCAUGCUGCAGGGUCGUCCUCUGUUCCCUCACAUCCUCUGUAAGAGCUAUUCAGUAAGAUUCCUCCUGGACCCCACAUCCCCUCCCUGGUACCCCGGCCCUCCAGGUUUCACACAGCUGGCAGCUCUCCCUGCUGGGCAGAGGGUGUGUUCUACACUGGCCUCUUCUUCCAGAGCACAGAGUGAGGUGUUGUUGAUGGUGGGUCUUCCUGGUUCUGGGAAGAGCCACUGGGCCAUGACUCACAUGAAGCAGCAUCCAGAGAAACAGUACAAGCUGCUGGGCACAGAGGAGCUGCUGGCAUGUAUGAUUACUGGUGGACAGACGGACAGCAGGCUCCGACAGGCCUCUCAGUGUUUGACUGAUUUAAUCAAGAUGGCUGCUCAGACUCCUGGCAACUAUAUCCUGGACCAGUGCAACAUCCUUUUCUCGGCACGUCGUCACAAGCUGCGGCUGUUCACUGGCUUUCGGAGGCGGGUGGUGGUAGUUUUUCCAGCUGCAGACGAGUGGAAAAGGCGACUGACGCUGCACCAGACGAGUGACGGGGAGCAGAUCCCAGAGACUGCCCUUCUCAAACUCCAAGUGAGUUGCAGCCUUCCAGAGCAGGAGACUAAUCUGCUGGACGAGCUGCAAUAUGUAGAGCUGCCUCGGGAGAAGGCGCAGACACUCCUGCAGGAGUACAAGAACUCUGCUCACAGACUGCUGCCCCCAAUCCCCAAACAGGACAAGAGGAAAUCCCGCUUUCAAAAGAAAAGACCCCACCCCCAUGGCCCCCUACCAUCACACAGGAUCCAGGGGACUGGGAUACGUGGGUGGAAUGACCCGAGACUCAACAUGCAGCCAUGGAGUCAGCACCCAAGAUAUUGGAACCUGGCUCAUCCGGACCCGAGCUACAACUACAACAGACACUUUGGUUACAUCGGUUAUGAGGAUAACUGUUGAAGAAAACGAUGCUGCUGCAUUACCUGCGUUUACAAGGACAAUAUUUUCUAUUGAUCAGCCAUUUAAUUAGAAAAAAAGAUUAGGAGCUGACUAAAUCAUGGAGAAAUACAGAUUAUAUGUUGCACCCCCUGCUUCGACCAAUCAAUGAUAAUCAGUGUUUUAUUUAAGGAAUUUUGAUGCCAAAACCCAGGUCACUUUGUGGACAGGAUUUGUAUUCGAAAACAAAAAGAUUUUAUAAGUUGUUUUUACUGUACAGUGUAAAAAUGAUGAAAAACUGUAUUUUGCACAGUUUUAACACCAGUAUUGUUAAGAGAGUGCUUAAAGUCAAAGAGUACAUAAAUAAACUUUGAUGAAGAA